GCUGAGGAGCGGAGCCUUGGGCUGGGGGCUUCAUAUCCCUGGCUGACCCCAACUGCGCGUCCCCAACCCACUCUUGUGGCUGAAGCUACCACUGGUGUGGCGGUCUCUGCUUGGCGGAUGAGUCUUCAGCGAUCACUCACCCCCUCUCCACAGCCUCUUUGAACCCCGGAUUUCGGGGCGGCCCCCUCCCCCACCUCUCUCUCUGCCUCUUUGCGCCCCGAUUUGUUCUGUGUUUCUCUCGGGUUUCGCUGCCGUUUAUUUUUGCAUCCUUUUUCGUUUUGCUUUUAGGAGGUCAGGUGAAGCUGCACUUGUACCCCCUUCCCCUUUUUAUCCUCCCGUGCUCUGACAACCCCCCUUUUCAUCGCAGUCGGGGGCUCAGGAUCGGUGCAUCCCACGCUGCGUUGCCAGCAACCUGCAGCGCGUGGCCGUGCACCCCGGAAUUUGCAGCAGUUGCAUAUCUGAAGGGGCUCUCCUUCGCCUCGGCUGCCUUUGCUCUCCGAGCAUUCGGGUGCGUGGGAGGGGGGCUACAGCGUACCGCACCCCAGCUUCUCGGUAGUCCCCCGCCCCGCGCGGAACUCGUUCCCUGCCGCCAAGAUGGUCAUCCAGAAAGAGAAGAAGAGCUGCGGGCAGGUGGUUGAGGAGUGGAAGGAGUUCGUAUGGAACCCGAGGACGCACCAGUUCAUGGGCCGCACCGGGACCAGCUGGGCCUUUAUCCUCCUCUUCUACCUCGUCUUCUAUGGUUUCCUCACGGCCAUGUUCACUCUCACCAUGUGGGUGAUGCUGCAGACUGUCUCUGACCAUACCCCCAAGUACCAGGACCGACUGGCCACACCAGGCCUGAUGAUUCGUCCCAAGACUGAGAACCUUGAUGUCAUUGUCAACGUCAGUGACACUGAAAGCUGGGACCAGCAUGUUCAGAAGCUCAACAAGUUCUUGGAGUCUUACAAUGACUCCAUCCAAGCCCAAAAGAAUGAUGUCUGCCGCCCUGGGCGCUAUUAUGAACAGCCAGAUAAUGGAGUCCUCAACUACCCGAAACGUGCCUGCCAGUUCAACCGGACCCAGCUGGGUGACUGCUCCGGCAUUGGGGAUCCCACCCACUAUGGUUAUAGCACUGGGCAGCCCUGUGUCUUCAUCAAGAUGAACCGGGUCAUCAACUUCUAUGCAGGAGCAAACCAGAGUAUGAAUGUUACCUGUGUGGGGAAGAGGCCCCGCCACUAUAGAGAUAAGGGGAAACCAGUUCCUGAGGAUGGGCGAGAUGAAGAUGCUGAGAAUCUGGGCAGCUUUGUCAUGUUCCCUGCCAAUGGCAACAUUGACCUCAUGUACUUCCCCUACUAUGGCAAAAAGUUCCACGUGAACUACACACAGCCCCUGGUGGCUGUGAAGUUCCUGAAUGUGACCCCCAAUGUGGAGGUGAACGUGGAAUGCCGAAUCAAUGCAGCCAACAUUGCCACAGAUGAUGAGCGAGACAAGUUCGCUGGCCGAGUGGCCUUCAAACUCCGCAUCAACAAAACCUGAGACCCCUUUCUUCAACCCCCCCACCUCUUUCCUAUGGAUGCUUCUGGAAUGUCCCUUUUCCUUUACUUCUGAACCCAGCCUGAUUAAUGCACAUUGUGAUUCCCCGCUUUCACACAUCUUCCACCAUCUCUCGCAACCCUAGUUCGGUCAGAGACAGGGAGAUGGGAUCCCAAGGAGGUCACAGAGGAGCUGCCUGGUUUAGCUGUGAGUGGGGUGUCCCCACAGCUACCCUCCUAUCCCCUGAGAGAUACAGAAAAUGCCUGCCCACCUGCACACCCACGCAGCCACACACACACACACACACACACACACACACAUUUUACCCCAUAGCUUCCAGGCAGGAAUGUGGUACUCGGUUCUUCCAUUCCUAAAUGCAGCUGCUGCUACCUUUCUUUGCCUCCUGCGCUUUUCCCCUCCCCUCAUACACUGUUGCUGUCUUGGUGGCUCCUCCGGUGGAUCUGUCUCCACCUCUUCUCCAUCCCCACUCUCUUUCCAGGAUGGGUACCUUAGGAUGAGUUCUUUUCCCCCUAUUUCCUGGCACAUUCCUCUUCUCAUCCUCAGGUGCCUGUGUGAGCUGGGAGUGAGGGUCUGGAAGAGAAGUCUGUGCUGGUUUUUCUUGAAAAUUCUCUUCCUGGUCUCUGUCACCCAAAUAGGCACUCCUAAGAGGGGCAACGUUGACUUAGGCUGAAUAUCCACUUUGUGUUUGUCGAUGGCUCCCUUACUCCUGUCCGGUUUCCCAGAAUAUCCUUCAAAUUCCACUUCCCAGGAGCCUUGGGGGAGGGGCAGCCAUUUUGGAUCUGUCCCCAGUGGCCACCUUGGCAAUGUCAGCAGGCUAUGGGACGUUCCACCUCUUUCCCCUGGCCCAGAUCUGCUCCCACCAUCCUCUCUGGCUUCUCUUAGCAAUCUAUCAACUAAUCACUGACUUUUUCCUUUCUUCCAGAUACCAGCCUGAAACUUGCAAAUACCCCCUCAUUUUAGGCCCUGAAUUUCCUGGCUUCAUCCUCAGAUCCCUCUGCAUUUUUAAACCACCUCCUAGUGAUCAUAGAAUUGUAAAAGAGGGACCUCCUGUAUUCUUGAGUUACAGAGGUGUUUGAAUUUUCUCCUCCAGUGCCCUUCACUUCCUCACCUAUCUAAUCUCACUUUUCUUCUUUGUGCUGCAGCCUCCACAACUACCCACUGAUGGACACUUCCCUUUUUUCUCUUGUCGGAUCUGAGUUUCUUCCCUUUGGGUCCCCAUGUUUUCCUGCACUCCCCUCGCCCCAGUGGUCUCUCUGCAGUUAUUUAAUGCCUGUGUCAGAUCUAUUGUAAAAAGAGGAUUAAGUACAAUAAAAUGAGAGCAAUUAUAUAUAUAAAUAUAUAUCAUACACAGA